GUGAGAGUAAGACGUCUUUUAUGUCCGUGCGUUAUACCGGCUUGAAGUUUAUUCUAUUUAGCCGAGUUGGAUUAUUCUAAGAACAUUAGUAGAUAAUUAAAAUCAUCUACAGUCAUCGAUAAAAUAGAAAAACGCGAUAGAACGGCAAGAAAUCUUAGGAAUAUAAGGAAAAAUACUGAAAUAAAUUGCUCAAUAAAGCCUAUUUUGGAAUAUCAAAAAAAUAAAAAAUAAAAAAAAAGUCUAUGUGAAUAAAAACAUUUAAGCGUCUCUAAAAAUAAAGAAAAACAGAAAUUUAAACCUGUUGGAUUACAGUGUCUUUCAUAGUGUAUAAAUAAAUAAAGGAAAGAAAAAUUAAGUGCUUCAAUAUGAAAUCAAGCUAAACAAAAAAGAAAUAAUAAUAAUCAAAAAAAUAUAAAAGAAAAGAAAAUAAGAAAUAAAAUCUUAUAAAUGUGAGUGUUUCUGAAGAUUUUUUUAUAGAAUAUCAAAUAAAGAAGGAGAUAAGAAUAAUAAUAAAAAAAGUGAUUAUCUGUGACAAAAUAUAAAUAUAUGAAUGUGAAGAAAAAAUUAUUAAAGGCAAUUAUUUAAAUAAAAAGAAAAGAAAGAAAUCUGUGAGCUGAGAAAAUAAUAAAGAAAAAUAAAAAAAAUAUUAAGUGAUAAUGAUGAACUCUUCGUCCACAAAUACGGCGUUUCAAAAUCCGCAACAAAUAAUUCGUAUAACUUACCCGCGUACGGGAAUUGAUCAUCGAAAACCCGAUGAACAAUCAUUAGAACAGCGACUGAGUAGCUUUCUAGUCUGUCCGCCACAAACUUCAUCGUCAGGCACGUCAUCUGCAACGGUGCCUCAAAUCAUGAACAUUCUAAAUCCGGUUGCCUCAACUGUGGCAACGACAAAUACAAAUAAUGUAAAUGGCAUGCUUCCAAAUGCUAAAAAAUGUACAUUUCAUCGGCAAUGCUUGCACAUACAACAAACGGGACAACAACAGCAACAACAAUUAGUGCAAAAUGUCACUCAAACACAACAACAGACGCAUCAAAAUUUUAUGCCAUUACAAACGCCAUCUCAACAGUUGCUGCAUUCUCAACUUAUGCAACAACAACAAGCUAGAUUAAGCAGUAAUCAAAUACCUGCAAGUACCAAUAAUUCAAUUGUUAAUCGUAAUACAACACAAGCGAAUCGAGAUGCCAUUUCAACAAACACUCAACCACCUCAACUUAAUGCAGCUCUUCUUCAAGAUCGAUAUUUAUUACUUGACAUGGUUGAUGGAAGUUCGUUCUAUAAAUGUAUUGAUAUCCAAACACAAAAGCUUCUCGUAUGCAAGAUUGCAACCAAUCCAUGUUCAAACCUCCUAACUGCACAUUUUCGACUUGAUGGACAUCCAAAUGUAAAUUUUCUCGAGAAAGUCAUUCAAAAUUCAACACAGUCUUAUCUAUUUUUUGAACCAUCACAGGGUGAUCUCCAUUCACAUGUUCGAGUACGAAAACGUCUCCGUGAAAAUGAAGCUCGACGAUUAUUUCGUCAAAUGUGUGAAGUAGUUAAGACAUGCCAUGAACAAGGAAUAGUACUGCGUGAUCUCAAACUUAGAAAAUUCGUUUUUGCAGAUGCUGAACGAACACAUAUUAAAUUAGAGUCCUUAGAGGAUGCGAUAGUGCUUGAUAAUCCAACAGAAGAUUUACUACACGACAAGAGAGGCUGUCCAGCAUAUGUAUCCCCAGAGAUUUUAAGAGCAAAUACUACAUACUCAGGCAAAGCUGCUGACAUGUGGUCACUUGGUGUGAUUCUAUAUACAAUGCUCGUGGGAAGAUAUCCGUUCAAUGAUUCAGAACAUGCGUCAUUAUUUGCGAAAAUAUCAAGAGGUGUUUAUGUUGUGCCCGAAUGUCUUUCGUCAAAGGCACGCUGCAUAAUUCGUGCCUUACUGCGUCGCGAUCCCGAGGAGAGAAUAACAAGUGAAGACAUUCUUUAUCAUCCAUGGCUUAAGCAAGAUGAUGAAUACCGUGAAGUGAUAAGUUCUAAGACUAGUUCAACAAAUGACGAUCAAUGUGUUCCUGAAUGGCACGGCGAUAACGAUUGUGAUGAUAGUGAAAUGAAUGGUGGUGGAAGUGAAUACGAUUUAAAUUGAGGAAUUUAAAAUGCACACAUACAAACCAAUUUAGAUAUGGAUGAUACACCGAUAGACCAAUAGAUUUGGACUCUAGCGAUUUAAAAACAAAAUUAUGUGAUUAUUAGGAGACCACUAAUUAGAAUUUUUAUGUGAAUUUGAAAUCAAUUUUUUUUGUUGAAUUUUUUUAAAAGGAUUUUGCGGGGGUUUUAGACACUCGCAAGAACUUAGCCUUCAAAAGCCUUCUUUCUGUUCAGUGAAAUCAGGAACUUCUUAUCUAAUGCUAAAAGUCUUUAUAAUUUUAAAAUAAACUUUUUUUUGUUGACUACUGAUGUAACUUCUUAUCACGAACUUACUUAUCGAAAAAAAAAACUUUUUGAUAAAAACUGACCAAAUACUUGUGGCUUUUCGUAGUUGUUUCAACUUCCUCAUCUAGCAAUGAAAAAAUUGAUUUCUCAUGAAAAAUAAUUGAUGCACUUGUUGUAAAUUAGCAAGUUUUUUUAUUUGUUUUUUACAUCAGCUAAUUUAAUUUAUUUUGCAUUAAAAAACAUUUUUUGUUAUAUAUUUUUUUUGUAACUUUUUGCUCUUCCCUCUCAAAACUAUAAUAAUAUUAUUAUUUUUUUUUUCAUCUUGACUAUAUUUUAAUUGAAAUAAUUUCUUACAAAAUGCACAGAUGAAAAGUUUUUGCUGUGCAAAAAUAUUUCUUUUAAAGAAGAAAAUGCUACAAAUGAAGUACAAUUUUAAUUCUAUUUCUCUUAUCUUUAAGCUAAACUAUAAACUUUUUUUAUCUGUCUAUUUA